AAAUAGCCUCCCAUGAACGAGUUCCCUUUCAAAUGCGCCAGCCGUCUCUUUCAAUAUUACACAGAAUGAGAUAUCAAAAUUUUUCAACUUUUCUCUUUUCCUUUCUUUAACGAGCUCGCUCUUAUUGAUGAAGAGAAGAGAAGAGAAGAGAAGAGAAGGUAAAGAAACAAUUAAUCUUCAAUCUUUGUGAAUAGUUAUUAUCGUGCCAGAGUGUAAUUAAUUUCUGGAUAGCCGAGAUAUGCUGUGGAAUGGUUAACGAGAGUGAGACGUCGACGCCGUGCGAGCUAAGCUCGCGUGAAGCACGCCGAAGGCGAAUGGAGAUCAGACGGUUCAAAUUUGUCACAGCAUCAGAAAAGGAAAACGGGCAACCCAAACGGGCCAAGCUGGAAGUUUAUACAACAUCACGUUCUCGUGACUGCGAUUACCCUUUAGAGAACUCUGCUUCGAGUGAGAACGAAAAACAAGCAAUAAUUGAAGUAGAGAACGGAAAACCGGAAACAAAAGAGAUAUUAAUACCCAGUCAUUGUUUAAGUUCUAUAGUAUUACCAGAAUCGUACCCGAAAUACGGCGUCGCUUCGGUUUGUGGGAGAAGAAGAGACAUGGAAGAUGCUGUAGCAGUUCAUCCAUCUUUUAUGAGCCAAAAUUACACAACCACGGCCGAAGAAUUGCACUAUUUUGGUGUUUAUGAUGGGCACGGAUGCUCUCAUGUGGCGAUGAGAUGUAGAGAGCGGUUGCAUGAGCUGGUGAAGGAAGAGCUAGAGAAUAAGGGAGCGGAAAUAACGGAAUGGAAGGGGGCGUUGGAACGAAGCUUUACGCGCAUGGACAAGGAAGUGACUGAGUGUAAUGCUGCAGCCGCCAAAGCUACGUGUAGGUGUGAGCUUCAAACGCCAGAGUCGGAUGCUGUUGGAUCUACGGCGGUUGUCGCAAUUGUAACGCCGGAUAAGAUUGUCAUUGCUAACUGUGGAGAUUCUAGGGCUGUUUUGUGUCGUAACGGGAAGGCGCUUCCUCUAUCUUCCGAUCACAAACCGGAUCGACCUGACGAGUUGAACCGGAUCCAAGCAGCGGGUGGUCGGGUGAUCUAUUGGGACGGGGCCAGAGUUCUUGGAGUAUUGGCUAUGUCAAGAGCAAUAGGUGACAACUACUUGAAACCUUACGUGAGCUGUGAGCCAGAGAUAACGAUCAUUAAUAGGGCGGCGGAGGAUGAUUGUCUGAUAUUAGCAACGGACGGUCUGUGGGAUGUGGUGUCAAAUGACAAAGCAUGUUGGUUAGCGCGUAUGUGCUUGCGUGGCAAGGUUCUUGCACCAGACGCGGCAGCAACAUCAUCUCCGGCGGAGAAGGAAGAGGAGAUCACAAAUAAUGGGUGGGAGAAAUCAGACAAGUUAUGCUCGGACGCGUCAUUGUUACUGACGAAGCUGGCAUUGGCGAGGCAUAGUAGUGACAACGUGAGCGUGGUGGCGGUGGAUCUUAGAAAAGCCACGUAAGAGAAAUUAGGCCGGGUUAAUUUAUUGGGUUGGUAGAGUAUAGGGUUUCUUUUUCUUCGAUUUGAAUGACUCUUGUUUUAAAACAAAAAAAAAAUUGAGGGUGAAGCUGGAGGAGGAGAAGAGAUGGAAACUGUUUCAAAGGAAAAUGGAUACAAACUCUUAAAAAAAAAAAAGAUUGAAUUGGUAAUGUUAAAAGUUGAUGAUUUUCCUA